AUGGGGCUUUGGAGCUCGACUUGCGUUUGUCGCAGAGCCCGCUGGAUCUCCAGCCGGCCGGCUUCGCCGGUAGACUGGGCCAAGGAGUGGAUUUGGGAAACGAUGGAAUCCAUUUCGAAGAUGAAUGCUAGUAAAAUCAAGUUUAUUUGGCUUGACUGCAGUCACGAUGCGAGUCGAGAAGAAUCGAUCGAGAUCCUCGCGGUCGCGCCCGGUUUCCUGCCAUUUCUGCCGGUCGCCCGGGGCGUUCCAUGUCGCCAGGAUGAUGAAUUAACGGCAGCAACGGACCGUUCAGAAGAGGCACCGCCGUCGUCUUCGAAGUCAUUCGAGUCGGAUGUAUUGGCACGCCUGCGUCGGCUAGAGGAGGUAGUGAUCGGGCACCGCGGCUCUCCAGCCUCGAAUCAAACUGGCUCUCCGCCGUCGCAUGCCUUGUUUGCACAGAAACUGAUUAAAUCCCGCGUGGAGAGCACUCAUAGGUCUCCGGAGAGCGAUGUAGGCUGGUUGGAAGAAGCUAUCACCCAGCCUAGCUCCACUCAUACUCUUCUCCCAUAUGAUAUGGAGCUCAAAGCUUGCCCGAUUGACAGUGCUGCUGCCGAUGGCCCGAACACCAACCAAAGCACCGCGACUAGAUGCUGCUGGCUGCCAUUGCACGAGGAAUCGAGGCAAAUCGUCGACAAGUACCUUACCGACAUAACGCAUUUACACCAUGUGGUCCAUGCCCCGUCCGUACGGGCAGCCGUGGAUGAUAUCUACUCAUGUCUAGAUCGGAAAGACCCGAUCAAGCUGGGAUACGCUGCGCUUCUGUUGGCUAUCAUCUCUAGCACGACCUUCUUCUGGACAGAGCGCGACAUAGACCGACCGUUAUUUUCCUCGGUGGAAGAGGCCAACGAGCAGACGCCAAAAUGGCUGAGGCGAACACUGGAAUUGCUGGAAUACUCUCGCCGCGCAGGCGCGGAUUCAAUUGAGGAUGUACAGGCGUCUAUCAUCAUUGGCUAUCUGAUCUGCAAUAUUGUGGGUAUCACAUCUCAGGCACACUUCUGGUUCGGGUCCGCGACAUCUAUAGCCAGGCAAUUGUCUCUCCAUCGAAUAGACCAUCCAGAGAAUGGAGACUUGGACGUCCCCAAGCCGGAAUCUGUUGAAGCCGAGGUGGCUAGGAGGGUGUGGUGGAAUCUCGUCGGGACUGAUUGGCAAUUUUCCCAAUUCGCAGGUCCCCAGAAAGGUGUAUAUACGAUCCAUCCCCGGCAAAUGGCGACAAGAAAACCACUCAAUAUGAACGAUGAGGACCUUUUCGAUGGCAUGGGAGCAGUCGGCCAGUCGAUCGAUCAACCAACGUCCAUGUCGUAUUGCCUUCAAAGAAUUCGGCUUGGAGAGCUGUGCCGCGAGCUCACAGAUAGCGAACCUUUUGCGACAAUGGGCACCACAACCCCGGACUACCAGAGGAUCAAGGAUAUUGAUUCGAAAAUGAGCGAUGCUACAGACCCGAAAUACUCCUACUCGCGAGACGCUUGCCUCGAGGCAGCACGCAUGGUAAUUCGUACGGAACGACAACUCUCCACAGAGUCGCUGCCAUUUGUCUUAAUGCGCCUCAAAUCCUCUGGUAUCUUGCACUGCGUGUGCAUGGCUAUCAUCGUCCUCUUGAUGGACCUCUGCCUGAGCAAGAGUGCCCGGGUAGAGGAUGACCGGGUGCGCCGAAUGGAGAUCUUCGACGCCUUUGGUAUUUUGGAAGAGGCGAAAGACCAGUCACCCUUCGCUGAGAGAAUCCUGGAAUCGUUCUACUCUAUCUUACGGCGUUACAAUAUUCCCUUUGUCUCUGCUGACAUACAACCGACUUCGCGGUUCAAAGGCAAUUCCAAAAUUCAAACAGCUCUUGCCGCUGAGCCGCCAGCGUUUCCUGCCGGAGAACCUGAUCCAGGCAGUGAAGGGCAGAUAUUUGACAUGGCUAUUCCAUUUUUUGAUUUGAGCUGGGAGACAUUGGACACUAGUGUGGAUCUGACUGCUCUUGAUUGGGAUACCCUGUUCCAAGAGUUGGAUCCUUCGUUUGUGACAAUGUAA